AUGUUUAAGAUUAGAAGUGGCACAAAGUAUGCAAAGUAUCAGGGUGAGGUGUCUGCUGACUUAGUGGCUGCAAAUUCCUUCCCUGAAAUUGCCAAUCAAAUCAUUCAAGAGGGAGGUUAUACCCUGGAUCAGAUUUUUAACUGUGACAAGACCGGGUUGUUUUGGAAAAAAUCCCUUAAAGCAACAUUUAUCUCUAAGAAAGAAAAACAGGCAAAAGGUGUGAAAAUGGCAAAGGAUCGCUUUAGUGUCCUCCUAACCUGUAAUGCUUCAGGUGACUGCCUCAUGAAGCCUCUGGUGAUCUACAAAUAUAAAAGACCAAGAGCUUACAAGGGAUGUGACAUGUCCAAACUGAAUGUCUACUGGGAAAAGACAAGUAAAGGCUACAUGUCCACGGAGUUAUCAAAGAAGUGGUUUGAUGAUUGUUUUGUUGAGGAUGCCAAAGAAUACUGCCGGAAGAAGAAUGUAUUCUUCAAAGUGGUGCUCUUUCUAGACAAUGCCCCCAGUCAUGCACGAUUUCUAGUAGGUCGUCACCCUAGCGUCGAGGUUGUGUUUCUACCACCAAAUACAACCUCCAAAAUACAGCCACUAGACCAAGAAAUCAUAGCGAAUGUAAAGUUGCUGUACUACAAAUAUGUCCAUGACAAGAUGAGGAAGGAAACUGAUAAGCAAGAAGAAGUGAAGGAAAUUGCUGAAACUGUGAGCAGUAGCGAGGAGGAGGAGGAGGAGGGUCCUCCCCUCGCCGCCUCCGCUGUUCCGCCUGGCUCACUCACAGCCUCCACCUCCGCUGUUCCGCCUGACUCACUCACAGCCUCCACCUCUGCUGUUCCGCCUGACUCACUCACACCCUCCACCUCCGCUGCUCCGCCUGACUCACUCACACCCUCCGCCUCCGCUGCUCCACCUGGCUCACCUGCAGCCCCCACCAUCCCUGCUCCACCUGGCGUACCUUCACCUCAACAAUGA